AGUUUUGACGGGACCCCCCCCGCCCCAAAACAAGUCAUGGCAAAGACAGGAAAUCGUCUUUGUUCUUAUUCAGACCGGAUGUCGUGUGAACGUUGCCUGCAUUGCCUAUAGGGAGCUACGACCUAUGUGGGGAGGUUUCCAUUUUCUACCGGAAGUCGGUACUGAGUCACUCUAGGCUUUCUCUUUGUGGGUCCACCCGGCGUCGAGUUGGCAGCGCUUCCUGAUACCUUCCAGUUGCACUUCCGGGUCGAAGGGCUCUUCGCGUCGGGCUUCCGCUCUUCGCUCAGAGCCGUUGGGCGAGACGUGGAUAGGGACGCCGCCCGGAACCGACUCCGGCGAGGGUUGUCAAGAGCCAGAGAGGCUUAAGGAAAUACAAGUAUGAAGCUUUAUAGUCUAAGUGUCCUUUACAAAGGAGAUCCCAAAGUGCAUUUACUGAAAGCUGCCUAUGAUGUGUCAUCUUUUGGGUUUUUUCAGAGAUCAAGUGUCCAGGAAUUCAUGACCUUCACGAGUCAGUUGAUUGUAGAGCGUUCAGAACCAGGCAGCAGAGCUUCUGUGAAGGAACAAGAAUACCUCUGCCAUGUUUAUGUGCGGAAUGAUGGGUUGGCUGGAGUUGUGAUUGCAGACAAUGAGUAUCCGCCCCGCGUCUGUUUCACUUUGUUAGAGAAGGUGUUGGAAGAAUUCUCCAGGCAGGUCAGUAGGAUAGACUGGCCCUCUGGAUCUCCAACAACAAUAAACUACACAGCAUUGGAUGGUUAUCUUAGUAAAUACCAGAAUCCUCGUGAGGCAGAUGCAAUGACAAAAGUGCAAGCGGAGCUGGACGAGACCAAAAUUAUUCUGCACAAUACCAUGGAGUCUUUGUUGGAGCGAGGGGAGAAACUGGAUGACUUGGUCUCGAAAUCGGAGGUUCUUGGAACUCAGUCAAAAGCCUUCUACAAAACGGCCCGAAAGCAGAACUCGUGCUGUGAGAUCAUGUGACAUCGCUGGCUGCGACUCUCCUCCUCCUCCGGACUAUCAGGCCUUCACUCGCAUUCAGGACUCCAAAACAAGGCAGUAAGAAGAUGCACUCCAAAACUACCUACAGUGGCAAUCCUUGUUUCCAGAUUUAGCCACCUCAGCCUGGAUGCGUGGAAUGGGUCACUAUGUUGGGGUUCACAAAACAGUCAUUUUCCCCCCUUGGAAAGGAAGCAUCUUGGACUUCAAGAUCCUUGUGCUAUGAAGACAGAUGCUGAUGCCCCCUCACUCCACCCCCCAGUACCAAGGGGGCUCCUGCUCUGGUAGUCCAGUUGAGAGCCAUUGUGCUGGAAUACCUGGGGCUCAGGGCUCGGCUUCUGUCUGAAACAUGCAAGCACAUGUGGACUUCCUCUACACUAUCACAGCCUGCUCAUGUAGUACCAGGAAAAGUCUGACCAUCUGAAGGUUAAAUAUCUCAGCAUUGUUACUGAAUGGUAGCAAUGAGUUUCCCUUUGUGCUGAAAUGUCCCAUGGUUGUAUGGAAGCAGGUCAACCUCUAUCCCAUUCAGAGUUGCCCAGGGAUGAUUUGAUGACUGACAGUCCUGUGUGAAAGAGCUGGGAUGGCCCGAGAAUGUGUGCUGCUUUAUAAUCUAGCAGAUGAGCUCCAACAAGGCAGAGGAAGGGGUUCCUAGGGAGAGCCGGAACUUGUGAAAUCACUUAAUCACACCUCCACCCCCAGUCUUCCCCUCAUGAGAUGCUGUUGACCAAGGAGAUAAGCAGCAGCUGUGCACUCAUUUUCACACCCAACAUUACUGCCAUUUGUCAAACAUCGGCACAAUGUGGCACCACCCAUUGGAAAUCUCUCACAUCUCAGACCUAUUUGGGGAGAGCUUAUUUAUGGGACUGGCUACCUUCUAGUCAGUGGCUUCUGUUGCUUUCACCCCGGCCUUCUGCAUGAUGCAGAAGAGCUGCUCUGCAGCCUGGUUAUUCAGCUGCACCAGCACUUGUGUUGUGGCUACUGUUUGGCAGAGUGUCCCUGCCGUAGUAUUAAUCUGUAACCAUUGUCGAUGGCAUUGUGCUGUUCCCAGAAGCACUGUCUGUUGCUUUGCACUAGGAGCUGUGCCAGAGUUUUGUGAAGUGUAAUCUAUCUUACAUUGGGUGUAAGCUUUUAGCCACUGAAGUUGUGUGUCUUGGUGUCGUCUGGUGAUGUACUUGGCAGGACCUACAUCCUUUCUUCCCUGCCUUCCCCCAGGUUUGUUCCUGCUUGCUAUUUGUGUAUCUAUUAGACAAUGUUGUUAGUUAUGCUGUCCUCUUUCUAUCAGUGGUGCCUGAACUUUGUGGCCCAUUCUGUCCUGGGUGGCAGGGAUGCUGUUCCAUGGUUGGGUUUUCCUUUGAUCUUGCCUUUCCCAAUUCCAGCCAUGGUAGUCCACAGGAAAUACCACACUGUGAUGAUGUACGUCGGUGUGAGUGAAUUGGGCAAUUGGCUCUCUUAGACUAGAUGGGGUGCAUUCACCCAGCUGCAAUGACAGAUGCCCAUCUUUUGGAGACUCCUGUUCAUAACUGAAGCAAAGCAGUAGGUUUUGCCUCACCUCUUCUGGGGAGGCACAUGAAAAGGUUGGAGAGGAGGAGGUUUGUUUGUUGUCAUGCAAAAAAUUGUUGUAAAUGGGGUAAAUGUUGGAAUAUUGCAUGGUGGUCCAGGGCAGGGCUGAGGAUUUUGACAAGACUGUGAGCAGGAGUGCAGUCUGACUCAUGUUUUGUUCAUUUUCCUGAAAGUUGUCGCUUUGUUUGCUCAUGUCACAUUCAAUGCUGCUGGUUCUCAUAACCUCUUGAGCAACCAGCAGUUGUCAAAUUGCAAACCUUUUGCAAUGUAUUACUUGUGGAUAAAACCUACACCAAAUCCAGGGUUGAAGGAGUGGAAUGGGACAAAUGAGAGAAACAGGUUUUUCACAAGCUUCUCUUAACUUAGCUGACCUAUGUGGGUAUGAUUGUGUGUCCUGGGACUCUUGAAGGCUUGUCUGCAUUUAUUUGCUCUCAGCUCCUGAAGCUCCUCUUGGGCACGGAGGGGGUUGGGUUCAAGGACACACCUUGGCCAAUCUCCAUUUGAAUCGGCAUUAUGCAGAAGCUGUAUUGGCAGAACUAAUACAGCAGCCCUUUUGGUGCCACUAAUCACCUGCCUUAAUGUUUUUUUCCUCCUUUCACCUCUAGGGCUGUCAUGUUUCCCCAUAACGUCCACUUAUACAGUCCAUUACUUUCCUUUCUGGACUGUUGCUGUGACUUUGAUCCUAAUGAUCAAACAAUGAUAUAACAAAGACUGGGUGGGUAGAGAGCUGUGGCGAGUUGUGGGAUACUUCUUGCUUCAGAAGAAAAUGGUUCCUCCUACUCGGCAUUCUUCCAGCGACUUCCCCAGAGAAGUAAAGAGCAAGCUGAUCCGUUAGUCUUUUGCCCUCUAGACUCAUGUGCUCACAUCUGUUCCUAUCCUCUUUCUAAUGGGGAAGCUUUUACUAAAGAUUGUAUUUUAAUACUUAUUGCCUAACUUUUCUGUAUGUACUGGUUAUUGGAUUAUAACUAUAUGGAUAAAGUUGUCACGGUGGUUCAGAAA